CCAUUUUCAAUAAAAAAUAAAAAAAACGAAGGGAAACAACCAGUGGACAUUGCACGAGUAGGGCUGUCCAGAAUUUCGUCUUCUUUUGUCGUUCUUUUUUCCUUCUUUUUUUUUUUAAGUACUUAAUCGCUGUUAAUUUGUUGGGGGGUGGGGGAGGGCGUGGAAAUAUCAAUGUCAGAGUUAAAACCUUGUAAAGUGUGUAAUCACAGCCGUGAGGAUACGUUCGGGCUGGCGGUGCCGUCUUUGGCACAGCUUAAAGCCAGAGGAUGUGAGACUUUGGGGUUCCGUGCCGAUGCCCCCGUCUCUGUAGUCCUGGAAGAGGAUGGGACCAUCGUGGAGGAUGAAGCCUACUUCCUGUGCUUGCCUCCCAACACCAAAUUCAUGCUUUUGCAUGAUAAGGACAGAUGGUCGGCCAAAACGAAAGUUGAUGGCGGCACCGCCUGGCUGAAGCAGGAAUCGGUAGAGCUGGCCUCGGACUGCGUGGACAGCAAGGUGCCUGGUGCUGAGCCCUGGCAUGAGCUGGCAGUGAGGCUGAGCCACGACCUGGCCGGCGUCAUACUCAUGUCUGAAGAGGAGCUCCAGACCCUGGUGGACGUGCCAUCUUCAGACUUGGCAACAGCUCUGGGUUUCCAGGUGGAUAAAGUACGCAUGCUCCAGGAAGCCCUGCAGGGGGCGCUAGACCGCAGGGAAGAGCAACGGCAAGCGAAGGAGCUACUCCAACUGUACCUGAAAUCUGUGGAGCAGGAGGGCAGCCAAGCACCCAGCCGGGGAGCAGAUGUGACCGAUUCAGUAGAGCGGCCAGCGGAUGGAACGUCGACGUUCAGCGCCAGGACCCUGAUGGUCCUGAAGGGCAAGACCAGUCCUGAGACACGGCUCUCCAACCAGGAGCUGCAGAUGGUGGUGAAUGUGGGUGUGGCCUCUGUGGCGUCAGCGCUCGGCUGGAGCAGUGAAAGGAGCGCCGCCCUGGUGGCGACUUGUGAGGAAGAGCUGAAGAGCCGCUUGGAUGUAGUGCAGGCCGCACGGUCUCUAAGCAACCGAUCCCAGAAUCCCCCAGGGGGCGGGGUCCAGGUGAAGCGCAGGAAGUAGCCCUCCAGUGGAAGCUGGGGGUGACCACAUCCUCUGACAUGUCUCACAAGCGCACAGAUAUCAGUUGUUUGUGCAGAUGGGUGUUUUUGCACCAGAAACUGAAGGUAUGCAGCUGCGUACUGAGACCACUUUGUUUCUGGCUGCUUGUUUCCCUGUUUCUGCGUAGGACUGAGAAAAACAAGCUGCUGUAAAUUUGUAAGCAAUUUGUCUAAACAAAUAAAUAAAUUGACUUUAAUAUUGAAA